CGUACUUAAAUCUCAUCAUUACACACACCAACAAAUUCACUACGAAGAAGACCCCUUGGACUUUCUUCAUCCAAACAGGAAUCAUCAAGUAUUGCGUCAAUACAUGGGAUACUAAAAGGUAUACUCAGAAUGGACCUUCAGAAGGUCAUUUCCUGUGGCAAUGCAUCAACAAUAGUGGCGUACUUGAAGAGACAUCCCACUGAAGUCAACCAACCUAAUCCAGCAGGAUUAACACCACUCCAUCUAGCAGCAAGGGAUGGUGAUAAAGCACUCAUUACGAUUCUCCUUCAGCAUGGAGGAGAUAUCAGCGCGAAAGAUAUGUUCAGCCACACUGCCAUACACGAUGCCAUUAGAGGUAACUACAAAGACGUCACAAAACAACUGCUGAAACAAGGAUCGCGAGUUGACAUUUUAUACAAGGAGGGCCAUUCACUUCUUCACGAAGCAGCAACCAAUGGGAAUACCUCAAUAACCAGAGCCUUGAUUUGUGCCAAGGCGAACCCAAAUGCUCUCGAUGAGCAUGGACAGACGGCUAUGCACAUUGCGACAUCAAAAGGCCACGGAAGAGUAUUGAAGAUACUGUUGCAAAAUGGCGGCGAUGCGAAUAUUCAAGAUGAGGGUGGUAACUCACUUGCCCAUCUCGCAGCAAUGCACGACCAUGAUGCCAUCAUCAAAUUUUUACAUAUCUUCAAGGCCGAUCUCAACCUACGUAAUAAAAAUGGUGAAACACCUAUUUUCAUUGCUGCAUCUUUUGAGAAUGAUCACUCAGUGGGGGUGCUGAUAGAGAGAGGUGCUGACGUCAGACUCCAAUCGAAGGUUGGCCAAGAACCUUUGGAUACUGCCUUGUUGAAGAAGAAUACCAAGACGGUUUCUUUAAUUCUCGAAACCGGUUUGCACACUGAGAAGGAGCUGAACAAAGCCUUCCUGAAGACAAUUAAGCUUGGUACUGCUGAAGUUAUCCAGGUCUUUCUCGAGAAAGGAAUCGAUGCUACUGUUCAGGAUGAGUUUGGGGAUCCGGCCCUCCAGCUAGCGAUGAAAUUUGGCCAUUUUAAAGCAGCGGCAGCGCUCUUUCGGCUGGGGGCGGACAUCAGCGCGAACGAUCUAAAUGGAAAGAAACCACUAGACUACGUUACAGACAAUACUCCUCAAGACCUUGUUGAACUUUUGAAGAUGCCAAACAAGUUCGAAUUAGAGGUUCCUUUCAAUGGAAAUACUCCGGCGUUCGUGAAAGAGGGCGUGCGAGCUGUGGCAGUAAAACAAAACGGCCCUGAAAUGCCUGAUGGCAAAAUGGGACCCAGUUACAAGGCAGGCCGAUCAGCUUUACAAUUACAUCUCGCCGCGCUGAAAGCCAACGCAGAUGACGUGAGGAUUCUUUUAGCUGACGGUGCGGACGUGAAUACAUUGGAUGAUCUCGGGCGUACACCUUUAAUGAAUGGAGUUACUGCGUCGAGAGGGAAGACGGAUGUAGUUGAGGCGCUUCUCAAAGGCGGUGCCUCCAUUGCUGAGAGAGACAGUCGGGGUAGAAGUUCACUCCAUGAGGCUUGUAGUCUGGGUUAUCUCGGCAACGUUAAGGUCCUUCUGAAGAAGAUAAAGAACGUGGACAUUCAGGACAAGAAUGGUCAUGGCCCGAUCCACGACUCUUGUAGAAAGGGUCACCAUGAAAUAGUGUCCGAGCUCCUAAAGUGGGGCAGCAACGUGGAGCUGCGUGACAAUGCUCAACAGACCCCAUUACAUAAGGCGAUCAAGUGCGGCAGCGUAGAAACAGUGAUGACUCUCUUGAGAAGUGGUGCACAGCCGAAUGUACAAGACAUGGAAGGGGAAACCCCACUCCAUAUGGCCAUCUUCCUCGGACAUACCAACAUAGCAGAACUACUUCUCAAGGCUAAAGUUUAUGUCAACACAAGAGAUAAGAAUGGGCACACUGCCUUACACGAAGCCUCAAGACGGGACCAAGGUGAAGAUGGGCUCAUCGAUUUGCUACUUCUUGCCGGAGCAGAUGUAAAUGCACGCGAUAAGUAUAGCAAGACCGCUCUAAACUUCGCAACAGAGAGAAUGCAUAAGAAUUCUGCACUUGUAUUGGCGCAGGCGGGGGCUGAAUUAACAACGGAAGAUCUUCGGUUUGUAAAGGUCAACAUCAGCAGUGAGAAGUGGGUUGCGCGUUACGUUGACGUUGACGACGAAGCCUUCGUUAUAACUACCGAGAACCUCGAAGACCUUAUUGAGGAUAUCGACGAGGGCAAAUGCCAGGCUAUACAACGUGUGACUGUUGUUGGGGAGACCGAAGCAGAUGUCCUGGAAGCACUCGAGUACUUUCAUGAUCAACACAUCGCCGUGCAAGAUCUGUCCUUUUUCAACAUCAAGGGCAAAAUUGACCUGAGUAAGUUGGUAGACCUAAUGUCGGAAGUUGUUUGCAUGGUCGUGAUCAAUUGCACUCUGAAGGGCAUAGACAGUAUGGCCAGUUUGGAAAACCUGCGGAAGCUAUCUUUGGUAGACUGCAACCUAAUAACGAUGUUUGACCUGUCACAUGCAAAACGAUUGGAGAUUCUAGACCUCAGUCACAACCGACUCCAGGUUCUACCUAGAUCGAUUGUGGACUGUGAGAACCUUAGAAUACUAAGGUGCAACAACAAUUUCCUUAUCAACAUUCCACCAGAUUUAGGAAAGCUCGCUUCUGCCCUAGAACAAUUGCGCCUUCAUAGUAAUCGCCUCCAGCAACUACCCCCUUCACUGUCAAUGCUGACAAAGCUGACUGUGUUAACCUAUCACAACAACUCCAUCCACAACAUACCAGAAGAGCUGAAGGAUGCGCCAAUCCCAGAGUUAUUGAAGUAUCUUAAGGCGCUGCUGUCCAAUCCCAUUCCAAAUAACAAGGUUAAGAUGGUUUUGGUGGGCCAGGAAGGAGUAGGAAAGACGACGCUUGUCAAGGCCAUCCGCCGACGUUCCUGGAUAUUUGGUGAAGACGACGAGGUCAUGAAGACUGAUGGAAUAGACAUCACCAGUAUUGACAUCGAAGGCAUAGCCCUGAAGUGCUUCGAUUGCGGCGGUGAUGCGGAUUUCAAUGAGACACACAACUUCUUUAUGACGCCACAAAGUCUUUAUGUUGUCUGUUUUAACUUGAGUGAAUACUGUUUAAUCAAUUUCGAAAAGAACAGCCACACCCUUGGUCGUCUUCAACUGUGGCUGCAUUACAUCUUCUGCAAGGCUCCCGAUUCCAGAGUCAUUAUUGUAGGCACCCACGCCGACCAUCCUUCCCUCAAUGCUACUCUACUUCAGCAGAUAUGGCAACAAGUGAAGGACUUAAUACAGUCUGCCAGGGCCCACCACAGAGAGUAUUUUACCAGAGGGCAGGUGCUAUGUGAUUGCCUCAUUUGCCAGCCGGCUGAGAGGAUGGUGCGACGAACGAAACACAGCGGAACAGCGGGCUACGUUAUCCUCGACAAGCCGAAUGGCUCUGAUCGGUCUUCAGACACCGACUUUACAGAUAGUGAAGAUGAGUCUACAAAGCCCAAAGACUUUGCUCACACUCCGCGUCUCGGCUACGCUGCAAUAUCACACGUUGUCGGUUACGUUGAGGUAAGCAGCCUGCGCAAGAUUGGGAGCAGCUUCCUAAACUUCACGACAAACGAGAGUAUGGAGAACCUAAAGGCACUUAUUUUGAAACAAAGCAAUGAGUUGAUUGUCCAGACUCCGACCAUACCAAAGUUGUGGGCAACUGUGCUGGAGGCGCUUUAUGACAAGAGCAGGCUAGAGGGUGGGAAGCAGUACUACAUCACGCUUGACAGGGUGAUGGAAGUAUACAAGGCAUACGACACCCCAGAUGAGGAGGCUGUCAGAAUAAUGCUGCUGUUCUUCAAAGCCCAAGGAGAGAUUCUCUUCUUUCCACACAUCCAAGAGAUUCGAAAUAUCGUCAUCCUGGAUCCAAUGUGGCUUGCCAAGAAAUUCUGCACGCUUGUGAGCUAUCGUGACACGGGUCUUGUGUCUGGGUUUUUCGAGCAUAGCCUCCUUGCAGAUCUGUGGCCUGAUCUAGAUAAGGUCGAAAGGGAGCAACUUCUUAUACUAUUCCGGGAAUUCGGGGUCUGUCUUCCUGUCAAGGAAACAACCAAUGAAAUGGUGCCAUGCAAACUGCCGAUUGGUGAACCUGAUGAAAGUCUCUGGCCACACACGCCUCCACUGGACACAAAACAAGUGACUUUUACAGUCAAAUUCGCGUUUGUCCCGCCGUCUUUCUUCAGUAUACUCAUUGCCAAAAAUGCACGCUCCUUUUCGGCAAAUUCAGAUUCCUGCGCAAGUAUGUUCUCGAGAUACUUCCAGAACCACAUUGUGGAGUUUGUAAAAUACUCAGCUCCUGAAUGUCAUGACUGCUUGAGGCGGAAGGACCAUGACGACGAUGGAGCCCUGCAUCGCAUUCACUACGAGUUUCUACCUCAUCUGAAGAACCUCUUGAUUACUAUCCGUGGACCCAGACCUUGCUGCAUUGUUGAUCAAAUAUCACGUCUUCUGAACGCCACCAUCUCCUGGUUUGAAGGAAUGAGCGAAGUUGAGCUGAACACGAUUCUAUGUCCUGCGUGCAUCAUAGAAGGACGACAUCUCUGUCACGAAUUUGUCACCAAUGACAUUGGAAGGCUGGGAUCGUCACCGGUUGUCUGUCAACGAGGUCAUGAUUUUCCAUCUGCAAAUGGCUUGAUCAACGGGGAUAUUCCAUCGAAAUACAAUCAAAUAGUUUCAGUCCGCCAGAACCUGGAAAGUCUUGAUGACAGGGAGUGUCCACGACUAUUCGUAGUACUACCUAUCAACAAGGAUGGACUUACGUUAACAGAGCGGGUAAAGUUAUGGGUCUCGAGCGUUCUAUUCGAUGGGUACGCUGUGCAUUUGCUAUGCGAGUUCCCUGGAGGGUACCACUUUACAAAGUCCCCUGGAUACCGAUUAAACAAGCCGAGGGAGUUCAUGGAGAUCUACGGCGAUCAUGUCAUAACUCUGCUGCAGUUGAUCGGAAUCGCAGGGCGGACUACCAACGUCCCUACUAUCGUGGAAGACGCACUAGACAUGUCCUACGCUGUUUCUGACCUGAUUGAAGAUUACCGGUACAACUUCCCCGGUGCUAUUACAGUUGGUACGAUCACCGAUGCUGAGGUAGCCAUGCGACUCCUUGAAGAAAACGCUAACAGCUUCAACCGUACCCGCCUGCGUCAGUUUCUGAACGUCAUGGACAGGCCACGGUGUUUCGGAUAUCUUUGGCGCCUUGUCUACAAGAACAAGAUAACCUGGCUUUGCGAGAAACAUUACAAGCUACUUAAUAAAGCAAUGUAAACCGCAGAGGAACAAACAAAACGUUUUCGAGCAUGUAUACUUUGAAAUCCUUUCUAAGAGGUCUUAGACCCGUCCUUUGACUUGCAUGCGGAUCAUAUGUCUGAUAUGUACCUCUUAGAAAGACCUUCGAAGUAAUAUUACACUUAUAUGUGGACGAGUACGAAUUCAGAUAAGAACAGCUAGACAUAUGAAACUAGUGAGAGAAUAUCCCGAGAAGAAUUUCUGAUGGUUCUGGUGUUGGUUCGAUUAACACAAGCGAAAAGCAGUUUACUUGAUCCAACCUUCACAGUGAACAUGAUUCAGGAAUUCAAGGUAUUCAUUUGAAGGCUUUUCAAUUCCUUCAAUUGGUGUACUCAAGCAGUUAUGGUUUUCUAACCUCAAUUGAACCACUGAAUUUAAAACGAGGCUUCGUACUCACAGUGCAUUCUACACUGAAAACUGCCGUUUAUUAUAAAUGAACGUGUUUAAAAAUACAGAAUUGUACCCAACUGUUGGAUUAUUUGCAUUUUUUUAAAUCGACAAGUAUGAAUUACUUGAUAAGUCAAUGUGAGAAGAUUGUAAUCAGAAAAACCACGAUAAAUUCAGGCCAAAGCAGCUUGCGGCAGCUGCGACGGGAUUCUGCCGAGGAAAUGGAGUCUAAUUAAUAUGCCACAUACAAAAAUGUACCUCCACACACAUUAGCAUUCGCAUCUAUUUUGAAACGACGGAUGACACUCGUGAUAGCUCCUCAUCUCCGGAACGGAAAUAUUAAAACAUAAGCGGAACUAACAGCGCAAAAAAGGUUGCACUAAUGCAACAUCAAAGAAGUUGUGGUAUCUUGGGUCCAUCAGGUUUACAAAAAGACAUACAUCAUUUCUUAACAAUCUUGUCCGUUCCGGUCUACCCGAGCAUCCCAUCAGCUUCCUGUUAUGUCGGUGUCAGUGUAACAUUAGACUGGUCGUAAUACCCAGCGCUACACUGACAUACAUCUGAGGCAGAAACAAUGCAGCAGGAUUAGUGAAACGAGUUAUCAGAAUAGUUUCCUGUCAUUCUUUCCCGAUGAAAAGGUGAGUUACUCGUAGCUUAACAGUGGCUGAGUUGCAUCUAACCAAUCACUAUUCGUUUUUGAUCUAACCAAUGCUUCCAGUCGGAUAUUCCAAAACUUCCACUUGGCUAGAUGUUAGGAACUGAUAUUAAGAACGCUUUUGAGAAACAUUUAGGAACCUGUGAUGUAACAUCCUAACCACAGCUACAUGUGAUGAAUAGGUGACACGAUGGGGCUACGAGGGGAAUAUUUCUAAGUCUGUAUUUGUAUGAAAAUAUUGAAGUAAAAAGGUUUUAUUUUAGCACGAAAAAUGUAUAUCCUCGCCUUUGUUCUCAUAAGGUAUUUAGAAUUCUUUUUCAACUUACAGGUACCACAAAUCCUCCAAUCGAUGAAAAUAAACGUGGCAUUUUUUUCAAACGACAUGUGUUUUUUU